AUGGUCGACAAUGACGCUACAAACUCGUCUUCACACGGAGUUGAACAUGUCUCAUCACUGGAUGUGCCACCUUCUUCACAACGUGUUUGCAGAAAAUUUGAUGAUGAUGGAAGGCCGAAGAGAACCGGCACGGUUUGGACCGCAAGUGCUCAUAUCAUUACCGCAGUAAUUGGUUCUGGAGUUUUGUCAUUGGCUUGGUCUGUAGCCCAGCUGGGAUGGAUUGCUGGUCCGGUUGUGAUGCUUUUGUUUUCCUUUGUCACCUAUUAUAAUUCGACUCUUCUGUUAGCAUGUUACCGAACAGGGGACCCGAUCAAUGGGAGAAGAAACUACACCUAUAUGGAUGCAGUGAAAUCAAAUCUUGGUGGGUUCCAAGUGAAAUUUUGUGGGGCAAUUCAGCACUUGAAUCUUGUUGGAUCGGCAAUUGGUUACACUAUUGCAGCUUCUGUAAGCAUGGCGGCUAUCGAAAAGUCCAACUGUUUUCAUUCUAGCCACCAAAGAGAUCCUUGUAAAGUUUCAAGCAAUCCUUACAUGAUCAGUUUUGGAGUUGUGCAAAUCGUUUUUUCUCAAAUCCCGGAUUUCGACCAAAUAUGGUGGCUAUCCAUUGUUGCUGCAGUGAUGUCUUUUGCCUAUUCUGCAAUUGGUCUUGGACUUGGGGUUGGAAAAGUAGUAGAAUCUGGCAAAAUCAGGGGAAGUUUAACUGGAAUCAUUGGCCUUCUUGGAGCCAUUGGAUUUUGGCCUCUCACUGUAUACUUCCCGGUGGAAAUGUACAUUGUGCAAAAGAAGAUACCGAAAUGGAGCAAAGGAUGGCUACUACUACAGUUAAUGAGUGUUGCAUGUUUCAUCGUUUCAAUUACUGCUGCGGCUGGUUCUGUUGCUGGAAUUGUGAAUGACCUCAAAGUCUACAAACCAUUCAAGACAAGUUACUGA